AUAAGAAUGGCAUCGUCAAAUCCACCACAAAACAAAAUGAUCUUCAAAUGCGACAAACAAGCUGCAAUUGUUUCUGAAAAACUCUUAAGUUUCUAUAAAAAAAACGAAUUAUUCGACACGGUGCUGAUUGCUGGAAGUGAUUGCAUUAAUAUCCAAGCUCACAGAGUAGUCUUGUGUGCAUUUAGUGAGUAUUUCUUAGAAAAGUUUCGUGGCGUUCAAGCAACUUUGCAGGCAAAUAUAAUCCAACUCAAAGAGAUCGAAGCAUCUUCUCUGAAAUUGAUAUUAGAUUUUAUGUACACGGGUUCGAUUGAAUUGAGUCUUGAAAAUAUCGAUGGACUCUUGAGAACCGUGUCGUUUUUAAAAAUAAAAACAUUGAUUGAAGGUUGUUGUGAAUUUAUUGAAAAAAACAUAAAUUCAAGCAAUUCGUUGGGAUACCUUCGAUUAGCAAAUGAAUUGAGCCUGUCGACACUCAAAGUUAAGUCGCUUGAAUGUAUUUAUACACAUUUUGAAGAAAUUUCAAAGAAAGAAGAAUUUCUGUUAUUGAAUAAAGAUGAAUUAAAGAAUUUAUUAUUUAAUGACAAUCCUCAUGGUGAUUUCGAAGAGGUCGUCUUUUUGUCAAUGGUAGCUUGGAUAAAUUAUGACAAAUUAAACCGGACAGAAGCAACCUUUGAGCUUUUGUCAAUGGUUCGUUUUCGGGUUCUUUCACCAAAGUUUAUUGUGGAAAAUAGAAAAUCAGUUUGUAAAACUGUGGAAGACUACGAACUGAUUUGCAGUUGGCUGCAAUGGCAUUUGUCGCCCGAAAGUCGUUCAAAUGAUCAACCGAAUUGCGAUUUGAUUCCAAGGAAGAAAACUGAAAAGCUUGCAAUAAUAGGAGUCAGAAAUGAGAGUGAAAUUUGUAUUCAAACUUUUAAUUCCAAAGAAAGUUCAUGGUCCAUUGAGAUGAAAAAAUCCUUACCGUCGACAGGUGAAGAUUCUUCAACUAUUUUGAUUGAUAAUAAACUGCUUGUAGUUGGAGGAUUUAUCGACGGAUUUGUUGGCACAAAAAGAGUGGAAUGUUUAGACAUGGACACAAUGAAAUGGGUUGAUUUUCCGUCAAUGAAAACACCUCGACAUUAUUGUCAGUUAGUAGAUUUAAAUGGAUAUUUAUGUGUUUUUGGUUGGAAUAACAAAUGUGUCCCAUCUAUGGAAAUAUAUAAUUUCUCCACAUGCAAAUGGAAUGAUAUACAACCAAUGUCUCAACCAAGUAUAGGAAGCAGAAUAACUGCCCACAAUGGGAUAUUAUACAUUCUCGAUUUUGAGAAUGGUUUUUUGCAAUCUUAUGAUGUCUCCUUCAACAAAUGGACUUCCAAAGCUGUUACGAAAUCUUCACUCUAUUAUUUUGGAUUUGCUGCAAUUGAAAGGUUUUUGUAUGUUAUUGGUGGGCUUGAAAACGGCAAAUGGGUGAAAACUGUUAAACGAUACGAUUUAUGUAAUAAUUCUUGGUAUGAAAUGGCAUCAUUAUCAAGAGGUAUCGACUACCUAACCACAAAAGUCCUUGGGAAUAAAAUUAUAAUUUGCGAUGGACGCAAUGUUGAAGAGUAUAAUAUUGACAUUGACAAAUGGAAUACUUUGGAUUGUUUACCAGAAAAAGUUUAUUGGUCAAGUGUUUCUAUAUCUAACACUAUUUUCAAAAAAUGAGUUGCACUAAACUUGUAUUUCUUAUUUUAUGUACAUUAUCUAUAAAGACAAUAAAUAAAUAUUU